GUGAAGGGACGCCAUGACCGCCACGCCGGCGGUGAUCGGUCUGAGCGCCGGCAACCGCCUGCUCGCCACCUCAUUCGGCUCCACCGACCUCGCGCCCCGGACGCGCACCCGUCGCUGCAGUUCGCGCCCGCCGCGCCCAAGCUCACCGUCGUCGCGCACCGCGCCUCCGCCUCCUCCUCCUCCUCCCCCGCCGGCCACGCGCGCGCGCACGCCAUCCGGGCGCUCAGGAACCACUCCGCACCCGCGCUCGCCCCGCCUCUGCCGCUGCCGCUUCCACCCGCAGCGGACCCGGCUCCAGAGCUGGACACGGAGUUCGAGUUCGAGUCCUCGCUCGAGGCCAUCGUGCUGCUGCAGCGCUCCAUGCUCGAGAAGCAGUGGGAGCUCCCCUUCGAGGACGACAUCUCCUCCGCCGGGGACGAGGAGGACGAGGUGGACGAGACGCUUAGCAAGGCCACGGUGGUGGUGGCGCGGUCGGGCGUCUCGGCGCGCCAGCGGCGGAUGAGCGGCCGCCGGCGGGGACCUGGCCGGAAGAACGUCACCAUCAGCCCGGAGCUGAUGCAGAGCCGGAACCGCAUCUACCUCCGGGGCACCGUCAGUAAGGACCUCCUCACGCACAAGCAGGUCAUCCAGCUCUCCAGGAAGAUCAAGGACGGCAUCUGGCUUCAGCACCAAAGAUCAAAGCUGAAGGAGAAACUGGGUAAUGAGCCGUCAUACAAGCAGCUGGCACAAUCACUGCGGAUAUCAGCUCCUGAACUGCACGCAAGGAUGCGCGAGUCGUUUCUUGCGAGGGAGAUGCUGACAAUGAGCAACAUCCGUUUGGUGAUAUCCAUUGCCCAGAAGUAUGAUAACCUCGGUGUCGAGUUGGCAGACCUUAUUCAGGGUGGUCUGAUAGGGCUACUCCGUGGGAUCGAAAAGUUUGAUGCCUCAAGGGGAUUUAGGAUUUCCACCUAUGUGUAUUGGUGGAUUCGUCAGGGCGUUUCAAGAGCAUUGGCUGAUAACUCGAAAACGUUCAGGCUCCCUACUUAUUUGCAUGAGAGGCUGAUAGCAAUUCGUGGUGCAAAGUAUGCGUUGGAAGAUCAAGGAAUUGCUCCGACAGUAGAGAACAUAGCAGAGUCGCUUAAUAUAUCAGAAAAGAAAGUGCACAAUGCUACAGAGGCUGUGAACAAGGUUCUUUCGCUGGAUCAACAGGCGUUCCCCUCCUUAAACGGCCUACCUGGGGACACACUCCAUAGUUAUAUAGAGGAUCAAAACGUCGCAAAUGAUCCAUGGCAUGGAUUUGAGGAAAGGUAUCUCAAGGAGGAAGUCAAUAAUCUUAUAAAUUCAACUCUCAACGAGCGUGAGAGGGAUAUUAUUCGAUUAUAUCAUGGCAUAGGAAAACAGUGCCAUACAUGGGAGGACAUCAGCAGACAAUUUGGGUUGUCGAGGGAGCGUGUGAGGCAAGUAGGACUCAUUGCGAUGGAGAAGCUGAAGCAUGCUGCAAGGAGGAAACAUUUGGAUGCAUUGCUUGAGGAAUAUUGA